AUUUCUCAAGUGAACGCAAUCUAUUCUCAAAAGUGACGGCUGGCUCCCUGGGAGGAGCCGAUACUUCUCUCAUAACACAUUCUUCAUUGUGUGCUUGCUCUUUGUUUUAAAACUCACCUCGUCCUCGACCCUCUCUCCCUCUUCUUCCACCACUCUCAUCUCUCACACUGCAUCCUAUCACCCACUACUCUCUGAAUACUAGCAGCUACAAACCAAGGCAUAGCGUUCUUAAGCUUACCACGAUGCCUAUGAGGUGGACUCCCGAGACGGACCAGCUUUUGCUGCUGAAGAUCCUCGAGACUCAUAAUCUCUCUGUCGACUCAAAGAAGGUCGCAGACGCAUGGCCCGGAACUGAAGCUGGCUCUAAGCCCACUCCCCGCGCCAUCACUGAACGUCUCGUUCGCAUGCGCGCUCAGGUUAGAGCAAGCGGAACUGGAAAUUUCAGCAUCGGCAGCAGCAAAGGCUCUGCAGCUUCCACUCCUCGCAAGCCGCGCGCUAAGUCUGCAGCAACCACUCCUGGCUCUGGGAAGCGCAAGCGCUCCGAUGCCAAUGCGAACGAGUCUGUCAAUGGUGACGGCGAUGAAGAGAUGCAAGCCGAUACUCCGUCAAAGAAGCAGCAGAAGCCAAAGCGUGGUCAUGUCAAGAAGGAGUCGACCAGCUCUGAAAUAACCAUCCCGGACCUCGACACCAUUGCCGCUACUCCCGCCAAGCGUACCCGCACUCCUGCUGUCCAUCCUUCGGAUAUGGUAGUCUACCAGAGUGAGGGUGAGAACAAAUCCAUCGACAGCUCCGCGUCCGAGUAUGUCCCCGAGGAAACAGUCGGACAGGAGAACACGUACCUCAAGGAUAUCGAUGACGAGAUGGAUGUGCAGGCUUGGGCCUAGAUUGGACCACCUGUCUACUCUCACCUCGUGUCUCAUCGCCAGUGCUCGUUUCAUUGAGAAAGUUUUAUGGUUUUCAGCUGUAUGGAGC